CUUCAUCUGGUUGGUUAUCCAGAAGGAAAACAAUUCUAAGAAAAUGGCGCACACACUGGUAAUGCCCUUGGCUCCUUCGCUCUCCUUCAUAUGCAAUGGAGGAGGAACUACUACCCUCCCCAAUACUGUUUCUCUCCCUAAGAUUAGUCCGCCUAAGUUCCGCAGUUUAAGCAUCCAGUGCGUUCGUGUUGGAGGUGUGGAGAUUCCCAACAACAAGCGAAUUGAAUAUUCUCUCCAGUACAUUCAUGGGAUUGGGCGUUCCAGAUGUCGUAAAAUCCUCUGUGACCUGAGUAUGGAGAACAAAAUCACCAAAGAGUUGUCGGAGGAAGAAUUGACCACCCUUCGUGAUGAAGUUUCCAAGUAUAUGAUAGAGGGAGAUUUGAGGCGGUUCAAUGCACUUAACAUAAGAAGAUUGAAGGAGAUUCAAUGCUACAGAGGGAUUCGGCAUAUUCAAGGUUUGCCAUGUAGGGGACAGCGGACAAAGAACAAUUGCAGAACCUUGAAGGGUAAAAGAGUUGCCAUCGCAGGGAAGAAAAAAGCUCCUCGCUGAUAAUACUUCAAGGGACUAGCUUUAUUAUGUAGAGGGUAAGUCUUGCCCUUAUGUUUGAUUAUGAGAAAAUGUGCUCCAGAUCUUAGUUGCUUGAAACCAUUCAACUUGACUUUGUUCCCUGAAGACUUUUUCAAAUGUUGCUGUAGAUGUGUUCUCACUUCUCAGUAAUAUAUUGCUACCCUUUUCCUGAUACA